UAAUUUCUCAAUCAAAAACUCUCUCUCUCUCUUUCUCUGUGUAUCUGUAAUUAUUUAUUUGAAUUAAUAUAAUAUAGUAAAAAGUAUAUAUGCUUAUGAAUGGGUUCGUCUCCUUCAUCGCUUAACAAGUCUCCGAUUAGAGCUGACUGUAUGGUUACCCCUGCAUCUCCUAUUACCAACAACGACACCGUUUCAAUGAUCGUCUCUCCUUCUCCCAUGAAAACUUUUGAAUCGCCGAGGAAGAGUGGUUCGAUACCGGCGGUUUCUCCGACGAUGAAGACGGCGAAUAACAAUCAAACUCCGGUCAAAUCUCGGUGGUCUUUCUCUUCAUCUAAGAAAAGCUUUGGAAGUAAAGAUGAAACCUUUUUCGAUUCGCAGCCAUGGCUACAAUCUGACUCAGACGAUGAUUUCCACAGCGUUAAUGCCGAUUUCACUCCAUCCCGUGGAAACACUCCUAAAGGCAGCUUCUCGGAUAGGCCACCACGUUUCCACAACCUUAUAUUCCACGAGAGGAAGUCUUCUCUAGGCUCAUCUUCUCCAGCGCCACUUCCGAGGAGGAAGAAGCUUGGUGAGCUUUUCAGAGACAGUAUUAGAGAAGAAAGAGAGGAAAGCUCUGAAGGAGGCGGUUCAUCGUCAGCUAUAAGCACUCCUUAUCUCUCAGGUGCUAACUCUGGCGAAUUCAACAACGAUACAAAGGAAGAGAAGAAGAAGUCUAACUGGCAGCAUCAUCGUUGCCUUCCUGGUUUCUCUUCUUGUGGUGGAAGUUUCAUGGAGAGGAGGAAGAAGAUGAGCUCUGAAACUCCAGCUGUUGCUGUUGAAUGAGAGAUGUAGAGGAUCUUGAAAAUUUGGAUUAUGUUUUUGUAUAUGAAAGAAUGAUAAAAAGAGAGAGAGAUACAGAAGAACUCUCAGAGUAUAAACAGAAGCUCUGGUGAAGUUUAAAGAGUACUCUACAACUUUGCUAUGAUGAUGAUGAUGAUAAGAGAAUGAAUCAAUAGGUUGAAGAGAUAAUGUAAAAAAAAAAGAUGAAAAUGAGGUGCUUAUGUGUUGAUGAAUUUUUUAUGUUGGCUUUUGAAAAUUUUGUCAUU